AGAAUGAAGUUCACUAUUUUUACCUUCACAUUAUUUUUAUUUCAUAUUUCUUUUGAAGAGGAAUUGAAUGAAGAGAAGCGCCUUCUUCUUAGUGAUCCACAACAGAUUCAGUCCGAAAUCCACGCCUUGCAACAAGAAGUGGAACAUUUCAGAGUCUUGGCAGCAGAGUUCCAGGCCCAAAAACAAGAAAACCAAGCCCUCAAAGCAGAAGUGGCGGAUCUUAAACAAAGAUUUAAACUGCUGGAAUCCAGUUCUAAGAAGACUGGCUCCCUAUAUACCAGAUGGGGGAAACACAGUUGUCCAAAAUUGAAUGGAACAGAACUGGUAUAUGAAGGAACAGCAGGGGGCAGUUACUUUACAGAAAAGGGCAAUGGUGCAAAUACCCUGUGUCUCCCACAUGAUCCCGAAUUGGUACCAGAUCAUAUCGCACUUACUCCGAUUGGAUUCAGUCAUAUUUACGGUGGGGAAUAUCAGUUUAGUUUGGGAAAGGUUGUGAUACAGGAUGAUGUACCCUGCUCGGUCUGUCGUGUUAAAAUGGCGACUUCUUCGAUGAUGAUUCCCGCCAAGCGAUCUUGUCCGACUGGGUGGACCAAGCAGUAUUCUGGUAUACUGACAGCCGAUGCUUAUUAUCAUGAAAUAACCGAAUAUCUAUGUGUUGACGAAGAUCCUGACUUUAUUGAGAGAUCUCGAGGAAAUGAUGAAGGGAGACUCUUUUACACUGUGAAAACUGUUUGCGGCUCUCUACCGUGUCCACCGUAUCAGAAUGCAACAGUGGUGUCAUGCGUUGUAUGUACAAUGUAA